GCGGCCCGCGGGACAGAACGCAGACAGCCGCCGCCCGGCCGGGCGUGGAUGGAGGUGGUGGAGCCCGCGCGGCGUCGGGGGUGAGCGGCCAAGCGGCCAGACUUCAACUGACUCGCCAUGGAGGAGGAGGGUGUGAAGGAGGGGGGCGAGAAGGUUCGGGGAGCGCGGACGGCGGACAAGGCUGGCUGGAUCAAGAAGAGCAGCGGAGGCCUCCUGGGGUUCUGGAAAGACCGCUAUCUGCUCCUCUGCCAGGCCCAGCUGCUGGUCUAUGAGAACGAGGAUGAGCAGAAGUGUGUGGAGACAGUGGAGCUGGGCAGCUAUGAGAAGUGCCAGGACCUUCGUGCCCUCCUCAAGCGGAAACACCGCUUUAUCCUGUUGCGAUCCCCAGGGAACAAGGUCAGUGACAUCAAAUUCCAGGCACCCAGUGGAGAGGAGAAGGAAUCCUGGAUCAAAGCCCUCAAUGAAGGGAUCAACCGAGGCAAAAACAAGGCUUUCGAUGAGGUAAAGGUGGACAAGAGCUGUGCCCUGGAGCACGUAACGCGGGACCGGGUGCGUGGGGGCCAGCGGCGCCGGCCGCCCACGAGAGUCCACCUGAAGGAGGUUGCCAACGCAGCUUCUGAUGGGCUUUCACGCCUAGACCUCGAUGUCCCGGACAGUGGGCCACCAGUGUUUGCCCCCAGCAAUGAUGUCAGUGCAGCCCAGCCCAGGGAGACAGUCCGGCCCCCCAUGCCUCCUAUCAAGCCGUCUCCAGCACCCGAGACAACCAGCCUUGGUGACAGAGUGGAAACCCCUGCAGGGGAGAGAGCCCCCACCCCCGUCUCAGCAAGCUCUGAGGCCCACCCUGAGAGCCAAGAGGACUCAGAGACUCCAGUGGGGGAGGACAGUGGCUCUGAGCAGCCUGCCAACAGGGUCCUGCCUGACAAACUGAAGGUGAGCUGGGAGAACCCCAGCCCCGAGGAGCCCCCCGACCCUGAGAGUGCAGAACCGCUCCAAGUACCCUGUUCUGAGACUUCCGAGGCUGCGCCCAAGGAGGGUGGGAAGCCCCCUACACCCCCACCCAAGAUCUUAUCGGAGAAACUGAAAGCCUCCAUGAGUGGGGUGGAGGCUUCUGGGCCAGCCCAGAGUCCUGGGACCUCUGAGAUCUCUGCCCCAGGCCCAGCACAGGUCUCAGUGAACGGUGUGGAUGAGAGUCAUGAGCCCGACAAGCCAUCCCAGGCUUCGGGCACCCCAGAAACUCCCCCAAAGGACACAACAACAUCCGCAGCACUGCCCCCCUGGGACCCACCACCUCAGUUCCAUCCCCGUUGCUCCUCCCUGGGGGACCUGCUUGGGGAAGGCCCCCGGCGUCCAUGGAAGCCUGUGGAACGGCUGUAUCGGGCCCAGCUGGAGGUGAAGGUGGCCUCCGAACAGACGGAGAAACUGUUGAACAAGGUCCUAGGCAGUGAGCCGGCCCCUGUGAGCGCCGAAACAUUGCUCAGCCAGGCCGUGGAGCAGCUGAGACAGGCCACCCAGGUCCUGCAGGAGAUCAGAGAUCUGGGAGAGCUGAACCAGGAAGCACCUGGGCUACAGGAGAAGCGGAAGGAGCUGGUGACCCUCUACAGGAGAAGUGCACCCUAGGGCCUGCUGGGCCAGGGCAUGGUCCCUCCUGGCAGCCCAGUCCAUCAGAGGCCAGCCCUGCUAAGAAAUGUGCUUCUACUCAGGCUGUAGAAGGGCCAUCGGGCGUGUCGGGGUUUGGCCAGGACCUGCUGAGACUCCUGGUGUCCUUUCCGCCCUAUCCUGACCCGUGGUGCUAGGUGCCACCCAGGGCCACUCUCAGUCUAUCUGGCCUGGCCUCUGGGCUCUGGGCUCUGGGCUUGGGCUGGGAGCACAUACCUGGGACCACUGUGCUUUCCUGGUUGUUCCGAACUGCCCCAGGGUUUUGGCACAACACUUGGGGUUUCUGGAGGUGGCAUCAUCUCUGCUUCCCACCCCAGUAGUUUACAUUCCUGACUCCUGAAUAGAGCACAGCUGAGCCCCACUGCAGCCUCCAUGUCCAGAUAUUCCCAGGCAGAGAGCCUCAUGGCAGAGGCAGCUUCAAGCUGUGACCAACCCUCCCCACCCACCUAUUCCGAGCAGCUGCUGAGGCCUUGGGUCCCAGCUAUAGGGUCAUCCCUCAGCUGAGUGAGACCUGGAAUCCAGCUAGGGCCUCCGAAGGCAGGUGAGAGUCAUCUGUGUGAGAAAGCCAUUUGCUGUGUGGCCCCUCUCUGGGCCUCUUUCCUCUUCUGCAGGCCUUUCCCUCUGGUGAGCUGUGAUUGGAGGACUCCAGGGUGGAGGAGAAACUCAAGGGUCUACUAGUCUAGUCCCUGCCCCUGGACCAGCUUGUGUCCAGCCUUGCACAUUCCUGUAGAGGUGAACCCCAGAAUGGUCCCAGUGUCAACAUCAGAAAAUCCUGUAUGUAAUUCAUGAUAAAUCAACCUUCAGAAGAGAAGCCGCCCCCACUUCUGUGCCUCCCCCACUUCUGUGCCUCCCCAGAGGGAAUUUAUUUCUGGGUCUCUGUGGUUCCUUCUCAACCCAAACAGGUCCAGUAUCACAUGAUUUCUUCGAAUGCUGAUGGGGGUAUGUUGGGACCUGAAACCACUUUCCUCUCCCCUCUUCCUCUCAUCCCUCUGGCUCAGGCCCCCAACGGACUGCUCCUGAACUUCCUAGUGGAAGGAGCAUUUUCUCCUGUCCCUUUCCUGGUCCAUGCCUGCAGCCUGAGCCUCUUCCUAGCACAUUCCCCCCCCGCCCCCAUUGUCCCUAGCUCAAGGAGCACAUCCAGUCUCCAUCCUGCUGCAGCGGCCGUACUGAAGGCAGAGCCUGUAGGUGCAGAGGCCCUGAGGGCCGCAGCCACUCUCCCUGGGGCCUGUGGGAGUGGGAGCUGCUUCUGACAGGCCUGCUCAGGGGGUUUCUGCAUGUGCACUUUUGUUUACUGAAGGAGAGGGAGGGUCACAGCUACAUGCUCUGGUCUUCUGCCCACUGCCCCACCCCGAGCCGCCAGUCGUGCCCACUGAGGCCUGCCGGCGCAGGUCAAUGCCUUCUUACUGUACUUCUACUUUGUCCUUGAGGGUAGUGGCCAGGGAUCAGGAGGGGCAGAUGUCCAUUCUGCAGCCUGGACUGGGCAGGGGUGGGGGUGAGCAGCGAUGUCAUGGCUCGUGAGCCCCAAUUGGCAUCCCAAACCACACUCCUUGGACAGAGUAGGCUCCCAUGCCACAGUCUGCCUGUCCCUGUAUCUGUCUGCAGUGCAAGAAUGUCAUCAGGUGCCCACAGUCAUGUGGCCCCCUGCCAUCUUUUCUUGGGGAAUAGCUUUCCCCACCAGCAGCCUGGGCUGGCUGGGGCCUUAGCCAAGUCACCUGCUUCCAGGGACUAGAGCCUCAGUUUCCUCCUCCGAUAAGUGACCAGGCUGAGCAAGUAGCUCUGGGGCCACCCCAGUCGCCUAAUGCCAUUGGUUCUUCUGGGGUUCCCAUGCCUUGGCAGCCUGGGCCCCAAAGGGGAAUCCAGCGUCCAGGGGAGGGGGAGGAGGAUCAGGACUAUGCAGGGCUGCCUUGCCUGCCUCCUUGAGGAGGAUGGCAUUCCAUGUCUUCUGCUUAUGAAGCGCCUUUCUUGAAGUUUGGCAAUAAAUCCCUUUUUAUGGAA